AUGCGGGAGCUGCAGCUUUUGCACUUCUCCCUCUUCCUGGUCAUCUACCUGGCUGCCCUCCUGGGCAACGGUCUCAUCAUCACAGCCAUAGCCUGUGACCACCGCCUUCAAACCCCCAUGUACUUCUUCCUCCUCAACCUUUCCUUCCUUGAUCUUGGCUGCAUCUCCACCACUGUCCCUAAGUCCAUGGACAAUUCCCUGUGGGACAACAGGGCCAUUUCCUAUUCAGGAUGUGCUGCCCAGGUCUUUUUCUUUGUUUUCUUUAUGUCAGCAGAGUUUUCUCUCCUCACAGUCGUGGCCUAUGACCGUUACGUUGCCAUCUGCAGACCCCUGCACUAUGGGACCCUCCUGGACAGCAGAGCUUGUGUCAAAAUGGCAGCAGCUGUCUGGGGCACUUGUUUUAUCACUGCUCUCCUGCACACAGGGAACACAUUUUCCAUACCACUCUGCCAAGGCAAGGAGGUGGAGCAGUUCUUCUGUGAAAUCCCCCACAUCCUCAAGCUCUCCUGUUCAGACUCCUACCUCAUGGAAGUUGGGGUUCUUCUGCUUAGUCUUUCUUUAGGCUUUGGGUGUUUCAUUUUCAUUGUGCUGUCCUAUGUGCAGAUCUUCACAGUUGUGCUGAGGAUCCCCUCUGAGCAGGGCCACCACAAAGCCUUUUCCAUGUGCCUCCCACACCUGGCCGUGGUCUCCCUGUUGGUCAGCACUGCAUUUUUUGCCUACGUGAAGCCCUCCUCCGUCUCCUCUCCAGCUCAGGAUCUAACGGUUACUGUUCUGUACUCAGUGGUGCCUCCAGCAGUAAACCCCCUCAUCUACAGCAUGAGGAACAAGGAGAUGAGGGAAGCACUGAAGAAACUUAUUCCAGUGGUACUAGUUUAG